AUGUCAGAGAAAUACUUUUUAUUGGAAAAUCUUAAAUAUGAUGAUAAAAGCUUUUACUCAAUUUAUAGAGGAGAUUGCAAAAGCGACACAAUUAGAGAUGAAUACGAUAGAUUCAAUCGUGAUAUAUUAAAUGUGAAAUCAAUUGUAACACAGAUCAUAGAAUUCAAUAUAAAAUACAAAAGAAGUUUGGUACAACAUUGGAAAUUUAUAUUGGAAACCAUGAUGAAACAUAAUGAUUUUUCCAGUGACAAAAAUCUUUUUCUUGAUGAAGAUUUUAUCAAAGAAGAAUAUUACAAAGAACAUAAAGCAUCACCACCAUCAUCAAAUAAAGAAAAAGACUUUAUAUCAAGAGUUAUUGAUCAACUCAAAGGGUUUUAUGAAUUGGCUUAUACCGAAGAAAAUGAAAUUGAUGAAAUUGAUGUUUACCGGAUUUCGGAUCCAAAUUUGAAUUUGAGUAGAGCAUUGGUUAGUAGAUGUUUGUUAUGUCCUGAAAAAGAUAAGAAGAAGAAAUCCAUCAAAACACAAGAAAUUUUUAAAAAAUUUGAAGAUGAAUGUUUAAACAAAGUUAUGGUCAAAAAAAUGAUUUAUGAAAUUAAAGAUAAAGGAAGAUACAUUUCAUGUUGGAGACAAAUUUUGGAGUUAAUGGGUCAUAACCUUGAUUUUGAUAUUGAAAAAAAUUUAGAUGUUAAUAUUGAAUAUGUUAAAAAGAAUUGGAAAAACAAUGCCAUUGUAUCAAGUCAAGUUAGAGCUAAAAUAUCCAUUGGUCAAUUAGAAAACGUUUUCAACAUGACUUACAACAACAUCAAAACUCAAAAAAGAGCACCAUUAAGGGAAAUUUCAGUCAAUACUAAUGUCAGAGCCAAUAAAAAUUUAAAACGUGUUGGAAGUGAUGUCGAAUUGCCAGUCAGAAAAAGAUCAAAUUUCGCUUCAGUUAAUCAAUCAAAUUCAAAUGAACCAAGAGAUGAUCCAAUUCAAAAUAACAAAUUGAUUAGAUUUUCACAAUUACUUGAUAAAGUUUAUUUGGUUACCAGUAAAAAAUAUGAAAUGGGUAUUGAAAAAUUGCAAAUCUCAAUUGAUGUAAAACUAAAAAUGAUUGAAGAAAUCAAAGCAAUUUUGGAUUUUAAAAAACAAGAAGUUUUGGAUCUCAUUAUAAGUGGAAUGAGAAAUUGA